GGCUCUGGCUCCGCUCACGUCUGUUUUCCUUUUUCGUGCAUUAUUUAUUUCGCCUCCGCCCGCGGCCCUGCUGCCGGAGCGGGCGCUCCCGGCCGGCGCCUCUCGCCCGCUGUCUCCCGAGGGCCCAGGCACCCAGCGCCCCGGGCAACCGCGCGGCGCCACCGGGAAGGGCGGGGACCCGGGCGGCGCAGGGACCCGCGGCAGGGCUGGAGGAGGGCUCCGGCGGUCGGCUCCCCAAGGAUCCGAGGACACUUUCCCCGCCCUCUGCCUGGGCAGUCAACCCGGGCCCCGGGCUCGGGGUGGCCGCCUUUCCUGGCCGGGGCCCGGCCAAGCGCAGCCCGGAGCCCCGUGCGAGCGCGCCGCACCCCGGGUCCCCAGAUCAGCUGCCCUAGAGGCCCAAGCGGCGCGCAAACUUUUGCUUCAGCGCCCCGCGCUCUUCCUCUGCGUGUGAAGCCCCCGAGCGCCCGCGCAGCCGCCAGGUUUAGCCCACCAGUGGGCGCCGCGGGUCGAGAUGCUACUCCGGGACCUGGUGCUGCGCCGUGGCUGCUGCUGGCCCUCACUACUACUGCACUGUGCGCUUCACCCACUCUGGGGCUUCGUUCAGGUGACGUAUGCUGAGCCCCAGAAGUCUUGUUCUAAGGUGACUGACAGCUGCCAACACAUCUGCCAGUGCCGGCCCCCACCCCCUCUACCCCCUCCGCCUCCACCUCCACCGCCUCCCAGACUACUCUCCGCCCCAGCUCCCAACUCUACCUCGUGCCCUGCGGAGGACAGCUGGUGGUCAGGGCUGGUGAUCAUCGUUGCUGUCGUCUGUGCCUCCCUGGUGUUUCUGACUGUGCUGGUCAUCAUUUGCUACAAAGCCAUAAAGAGGAAACCACUGAGAAAAGAUGAAAAUGGCACCAGUGUUGCUGAAUAUCCCAUGAGCUCAUCCCAGAGUAGCAAAGGGGUGGAUGUGAACACUGCGGUAGUGUGAAUCUGCAGGCCCUGGACCCACUGGCUGGAAGGGCACCUUGGUGGCACUGUUGGACAUGGGAUGACAGGUGGACAUGAGCUGACCCUGGGCCUGUCCAGGACUUCAUGCUUUACGGGCCUCGGGCCUCCUGAAAGAGAAAGCAUCCUCUUCCCAGGCUAGCCCUGGUCAACCCCCGGGGGUGCAGCACAGACACCAGGCUUGAGCCAGGCUCCCCUGCAUGUGGCCCCUAAGCAGCAGCACCACCCAGGGCUCUCCAUACCCUUCUUCUUGUCUUGUGUUGGGCGCAUUGACUGUCACCCAGUUGCUAGAGAAAGCACGUACUCCAGUGAAAGUAGAGGGUCUAUCUGUCUGUCUCCCUGGGGCAGAAAGACACCCCACUUUAACCAGAAGAAAGGAGAUCCAGGGACUAUUCCAAUCUGGAAGCUUCCUCUCAUGCAGGAAGCUCACCUGCUUCUCUGUGGACAUUCUAACAAAAGCCAUCACACAGCCAUGAGACAAAUGUCCCCUUCCAAAGGUGCUUCCCAUACAUCUGUCCAUAACUCUACCUGCCAUGGUCUUCCGUCUCCAGAGCCUGUGUCACCCUCCUUUGCCCACCCACAGCCUAGCCUGUGGCUCCUGACUGCAUGCCUGCCUCAGGAAGCAGUGAGCCCAGCCUAUAUAGUCCCCUGGGAGUGGACUCAGUGUCUCCCAGAAGCCCAGGCUGAGGGUGUCCCAAGAAAGUCAGAGGUUCCCUUUGCACCUGCUCUGACACCCUACAUCUGGCUCUUCAGGAAGCAUCAACGUGAGCCAGGCCCCGCCUCACCAGGCAGAGGUCACAACUUGUGCCAAACCCAUGUGGGCACUCUGUGCCAGGCCGAUGCUGGUCUGGUGCUAGGUGCCCCCCACUUUCCCCCGACAGUCCCUUGAAACCUCAGUUCGGUACUCAGAAAGUGCCCCGGAGAAGGUGGCUUCCUUCCGUGUCUCCCAGAAGUGGCUUUCUGUGGCCAGGGCCCUAAAGGCGCCAACCCCUCCCAAAUGUGGGAGGAAGGGAAAGUGGUGAACAACCAUGUAGCCUUGCUAACCCUCUGCCCACAGGCUUGUUUCCCUGGAGGCCACCCACACAGUGAGGCACAUCCCUUGACCUUUGUGAUUUUAUGUUCCUCCCCCUCCUCCUUCCCCGUCCCCCGACUGCCCGGCUCCCCUCACCAGCCCCAUGUACUUGCCUAGAAGGAAACUGGAAGGCAACACCCCCACAGUGUAGAGAUUUAGCUGAGUUCAUUGGCUUCCUCCUCAGUCACCAGAGAUCUUCCCUGGUGGGUGUUUGUGCUACAUGAGAAUUACAAAGCCAGGUAAAACUGAGGGACAAUAAAAAAUCAGUCCCAAGUGAAUGAGUACCCUGAAGCUGCCACUGCCCUGCUCCUGAGUCAGUAGGUACAGGCAAAGGGGCACAGGCUAAGGGGAGGUCCAGGGCAUGCCUCCUAUAAUUGACAUUUGUCCUCCUUUGCUUGAGGACAUGGUUUUGGGUUGGGUUUGAAUUUCACCUUCACAGCAUACCUUAGCUCUGGCAUGGGGUUGCCAAGAGCCUUCUGUGGGGCUGCCCUCACCUCACCCAGGGGUCCUCUUUGGAUGUGGUUCCAAGUGAUGAAGAAGCCAGAGGAGGUGGAUCAGGGACAGGCAGACAGGGGUGAGAAACCUGGCAGGCUCCACCCCAGUACCCUGUCUCUCACCCUCACACACAUCCCACCGCCACCUUGAUCUAAAUUGAGAAUAGGGCCACAGUCUCCUGGUGCCUGUGCCUGCAGCAGACCCUGGACAGAUAGGAGGCCUGGGCCAUACACUCUGGAGCCUCACAGAAGAGCAUAACACUCUCCCACUCCCACCUUGGGCUCUCAAGGCCCAGGGGUGAGGAAGGGACACCUGUAGCUGGAGGGGAGCUCUCUGCCAUGGGGACAUGAAGGGCUGGACAGAGUCUGAGAUUUCCAUGUACCCAUGUCCUGACCUUGACUUAAAUCUGGAAAGCCCACAGUGUACAUGCUAUCAGCCAGCAGGGACCAUAGCUGAGUUUCCACUGUGCUUGGCUAGUGUACAUGUAUAUUCUUUCUAGUGGGGUUGUAUCAUCGCAUUCUACAAUUAGGGGAAAUCAAGGAAGGGCCCAGGUUUAAAAGGGUGUCCCUAGAGAACAGCACCCCAAACCCAGGACUGGCCAUUUAGAAGACUCAUCUUACAUCACAACAGAAGCCACUAGUUUUUAAACCCACAUGGCUGAAACAUAAUCAUGUCAACCAAGAGCGUGAACUUAGAGCAUCAUUUCAAAGGGCCCCACAGCAGCUCCACUAAGACCAGUUCGCCAAGCAGCCUGAAUGCAGCGGUCAGGUGAAGAGUCCAUGUCCACAUGUUAACCCAGAUGUUUUCCACUGUUUUCAAGUCCUGUCAGAACUCAGCGGCAUUUAGGAUCUUCCAGUUACCAGGUGUUUCUACAAGCCUGCUAGCAGACAUUUUGGAUGAAAGAGUAAUAGAUGUAAAAAAAA